AUGGAGGCGCUAACCUUAGUUAGUCCAGACACUUUCAGGGAUAGGGUUGAUAUAUAUAUCUUGCAAGAUGCAGAUGGAUACGAAUGGACGCAUAAACGCAUUGUUUUACCUUCUCAUAGAGAUAAAAGAGAAUGGAGGCGUUUUCUAAGUUUUCAUGGUGUUACUGAUGCUGGUGAGCUUAUCUUUGCACCAGACAGUUUCUCUGAAUCGUUGUAUAUUCUAUAUUUAGAUCCGAGGAGAAACAGUAUUAGAGAAGCCUUGUUUGAAGGAAUUCUUGGUGAUGAAUUUAGAAGCCGUUAUGGAGUUGGUAAACAUGAAACAAUCAGCGAAUGGGGUAUCUUCUUCCGGACUCACAUUGAGAGUCUCGUGUCUUCUUUGUAA